GUAUAUAAUAGGGAAGAAAGGAGAAACCAGGAAAAAACUAGAGACCGAAACACGAACUUCCAUCAGUAUUCCCAAGCCAGGGGUAGAAGGAGAAAUUGUGAUCACAGGACAACAUCGGAGUGGUGUUAUUUCAGCCCGGACACGAAUUGAUGUUCUCGUUGAAAGCUUUCGUAAAAAACAACCCUUCACACAUUUUCUAUCAUUUGCACUCAACCAGCCUGCCAUCCAAGCGAAGUUUUUACAAUUCAAAGAGGAAGUGUUGGAGAAAUGUUCCCAUGACUGUGGAGUCAGCAGUAGCCUGUUUCAGAACCCAGCAAAACUCCAUCUGACAAUUGGGACCCUGGUACUUCUGAAUGAUCAAGAAAUCCAGAAAGCUCAGGAACUCCUGCAGAAAUGUAGAGAAGACCUUGUCGACACAAUUACCGAAGGCAAACCGCUAACUGUGGAAGUAAGAGGUAUCGAGUACAUGAAUGAUGACCCAGCCAUGAUUGAUGUGCUAUAUGCAAAAGUCCGCAUGAAAGAUGGUUCCAAAAG